GUCAGGAGAAACGAAAGUAAAAAUGCGCGUGAUGUUACAGCGCGAGACUUAAGCGGAAUUAAUGUUGCCACGGUAAUAAAGUUUACACGGUUAGAGUAGAUUACUCCAUCUGUCUCCUCCACCAUGCAGUCCUGGAGCCUUCUACUCUGUGUUCUGCACUUCCUCACCCUCACAUUCACCACAAUACCUACACUGGCUACUUCAGUAUCAGUAAAGCUUCAUCAGACUGCUACACUCCCAUGUAAACGUGAUUGUCCUGGCUUGGUUAAGUGGAUGAAGUUCCGAAGUCAAGAUGUACUGGCUCAGUGUGAUCAGACCUCAUGUUGGUCAAAGAUAGGAUAUGAAAUGUCUUAUGAUCAGUACCUGAAGGGAGAUUUCUCACUCAUCAUUCCUUCAGCUGAUUACAAUAAGAGGAACAUGUACACGUGUAAGUGUAAUGACCGUGGCAUUGAUGAUGUGCGUCUCAUCAUCGAGACUUUGUUUUCAUCAGAUGAGUUGAUUCUUCAUGAAAACAUGGUGAUGGAUUUGCCCAUACCAGAUCCAGUGGAGGUGGUUUAUAAAGUCAUAGAUUCAGCUGGUUCAUACGGUGAACAGAUUUGUACAGUGACUAAACACACACUAAAGUGUAAAGCUGGAUACAGAAACAGAGCAUCACUCAGUACCUCAAAAAUCAUACUAAGAGAUGUACAGCUGAGUGACAGUGGAAGUUACACCAUCCGUGACACAGAGAAUAAUGAAGUUAUCCAUAUAUAUACACUCAUUGUAAAAGAGGUCCAGAUAAGUCCUGAUGAGCAGCAGCGCAGUCACUGGUUGGUGUGGUUUCUACUAGUGCUGAUAGUAUUUAUUGGAGCAGGGUUCUUUCUGAAGUCUUGGCAUACUAAAUGUCUGGAACGUAUAAAGCAGCAGCAGGAAAUGCACUUAAAACAUGAAAAUGAAAAGUGUCGAAAAACAUUUCAGCAGACGCCGAGGGAAAAUGUAAGUAAUGAAAAAAUGUUUGUUUAUAAAGUACACAUUAUAUUCCUUCAGACAGAUGAAGCUCAAAAUAAGAGUGAUGUCAGUAUGUGUAUAAAAUAAUAAAUAAUGUAUAAAACAAGGUAAAUA